AUGGCAAGGAUGAGCACUUGGAAAAAAUUCCCCCUGUCGUUGGGUUUCACGACUCUACUGUUUUUUGUGUGGAUCGGAAUUCUAUCGAUUCAUAAGUACAAAUAUGAAGGGAGAACGUUGGACAAGUUACUGACGGGCUGCUACCCUAGAAGCCUUUCUUCUGCGUCCUCAAGCAAUUAUGAUGGUGCCCCUAUACAGGUAAAUCAGACUUACUACGAAAAUAAUAAUCAUCUUUUCUAUACAGACAAAUAUAAGGAGUUUUUAUCGACGUUGAAUGAUAUAGAAUUAGAAGAUAGAGUACUAACGGGGGAAGAAAUAAAUAACCUAAUGCAAUCCCUUGGUUUGUUUAUAAGUAAGAAGAAGGCAAAGUUGGUGUUUUUUCAUUACAAUAAUUAUAUGAAGAAAUUAUUUAAUGAUGCAAUGGACAGACUUUGGGCCGAAUUUUUCACAGCGGCAAUGCGAAGAGGAAUCCCACAAGAUUAUCAAUUAUUUUUUUGGAAGAAAUGUGAUGAUGAAAUAACAGACUAUUUUAUAGCCAGAGAUGAAUUUUUUUUAGAUGAAUUUCAAUCAUUUUUACCUAAAGGAAAUGUAAAAGUAACCGCAAAAUUGUUUUCAUUUUUGGGUAAUUAUUACAACUCAUGGAUGGAAGAUUUGGGACGUUAUGAAUUGAAAUGGUCAGGUAUUCUAAACGACAGUGUAAAUAAAUAUACUCCAAGGUGGUAA